AUGCGAAAGAAUGUGCGGGAGGACAACCCGCUGGCGGUGAUCAAGUUCAAGAACACGUUCGGCGUGCCGCUCGAGUCGGGGCCGCUGUGCCUGUUCGAGGACGACAUCUGCGUGGGCGAGUCGAUGCUGCCUCGGGUCAAGGUCAACGAGGAGAUCUACGCGGCCUACGCCGUCGACCUCAAGACCACCGUCACCAUGACCGACUCCUCCGAACACGCGGGGCAGUGCGACUGGGAGCGGGGCCGGUUGUUCCUGCGGAGGUGGCGCGUGUACGAGUUCGUGUACGUGGUGGACAACAAGAACGACCACCCCAUCGACCACUUUUAUCUCGAGCAUCCGAAGAAGGCGACGGAGCUGAUUGAAACGGCGGAGCCCGAUGAGCGGCUGGACCACUUCUACCGCUUCAAGCUGGUGGUGCCUGCCGGCCAGGUCGUCAAGUUCGUCGUCAAAGAGCAGGAGGCGGUCCAGGAGGAGUACCAGCUCGCCAGCGUGACCGUGGAGCAAGCCGACCAGUGGUUCGCUGAGGGGUACAUUACGGCGGCGGUCAAGAAGACGCUCGAUCAGAUCGUGAGCCUAAACGAGAAGGCGAAGGAGCUGCAGCGGGGGUUAAGCAAGGCUCAAGGCCAAGUGGCGUCGCUCAAGGAGGACGUCACCCGAAUCAAGAGCUGCCUCGACUCCCUCGCCCUCGGCAAGAGCAGCCUCCAUGCGGAGCAGAGCAAGUUCCGGGACUUUUUCACGAAGGGGCUCAACGAAACCAGGGUGGGACUGGUGGCAGCCAAGAAGGAGCAGAAGAGUCUCGAGGGCAAGCGAGAUAGGAACGCCACCAGGAUCAACACCAUCGCCUCUGGUGUGCGCUUCUCCAAGAAGCUCGGCGGCGCCAGCGUCUGA